CUCCACCAACCAGCCUUCCUAAGUGUACACGGCAGUUAGUACACGAGCCUAGACCUCCUGAAGAUCUGACAGCUGAGUCGACAGAGUGCCGUCCUAGUGGCGAGUGAGUCCUCGCGCGGGGCUAUGGCGAGCGUUAAUCCCAUAUCCCUCGCAGGACCCUCGCCGCAGGACGUUCAACGGACGAAAGAGCUCGAAAAGUUUCUAUUGGAUGCCGGGCUGUACGAGAGCCAAGAGGAGGCCAUUGUGAGAGAGGAGGUGCUUGGUCGGCUCGACGAGUUGGUGAAGGCGUGGGUGAAGAGCGUGAGUCGGCGCAAGGGCUUCAACGACCAGUUCGUCGCCGACGCCAACGCCAAGAUCUUCACCUUCGGCUCCUACCGCCUCGGGGUGCACGGCCCGGGCGCCGAUAUCGACACGCUCUGCGUGGGCCCGCGCCACGCCACCAGAGAGGAGGACUUCUUCGGCGAGCUGCACGACAUGCUGGCGCAGCUGCCGGAGGUGGAGGAGCUGCACUCCGUGCCGGACGCGCACGUGCCGGUGAUGAAGUUCAAGUUCCGCGGCAUCUCCAUCGACCUGCUCUACGCGCAGCUCUCACAGACGGUGGUACCGGAGGAUUUGGAUCUAUCUGAGGAGUCGAUUCUGCAGAACGUGGACGAGUGGACGCAGCGCUCGCUGAACGGCUGCCGCGUCACGGACCAGAUCCUCAAGCUCGUGCCCAACAUCGAGACGUUUCGACUGACGCUGCGGUGCAUGAAGCAUUGGGCCAAGAAGCGAGGCGUCUACUCCAAUGUCUCCGGCUUCCUAGGCGGAGUCAACUGGGCCAUCCUAGCGGGGCGGGUCUGCCAGCUGUACCCCAACGCGUCCCCCUCCAUGCUGGUAACCCGCUUCUUCCGCUUCUACAACAUCUGGCAGUGGCCCUUACCCAUCAUGCUGUGCAAGAUCGAUGACGGCGCCAUGGGCUUUAACUUCCCCAUCUGGGACCCGCGGCGCAACCCCAGGGACGCGCUGCACCUGAUGCCCAUCAUCACGCCGGCGUACCCGUGCAUGAACAGUAGCUACAAUGUGUCGGAGAGCACGCUCAGGGUGAUGAAGGACGAGUUCCGCAGGGGGAAGGAGAUCUGUGAUCGGAUAGAGGGGGCGGUGAGUGGCGGCGGCGGGGGUGCGGCAGGGGGAGGAGUGGGGGGAGCAGUGGGGGGAGCAGGGGGAGGGGCAGGGGGAGCGGGGGAGGUGCGGACGGAGUGGGCGGAGUUGUUUGAGCCGUUUGCGUUCUUUGAGGCUUACAACCACUACUUGCAGAUCGACAUCAGCGCCGCUUCUGAUGCGGACAUGCUCAAGUGGAAGGGCUGGGUCGAGUCGCGGCUCAGAACGCUCGUCACUCGGAUCGAGCGGCACACGGACGGGCUGCUGCAGUGCCACCCGCACGUGUGUGACAUCCACGACCCCACGCGCACCUACCCACACUGCCUCUUCUACAUGGGCCUCCAGCGCCGUGCGCCCCCCGCCCCCGCUGCCACCGCUGGUAAUGGCACUGAGGAGGGGGGCGCCGGGGGGGCCGGCGCGCGGGAGUUUGAUAUCCGGUACACGGUGGACGAUUUCAAGAGCACGGUGGAGAGCUUUCAGAUGUGGCGCGAGGGCAUGGGGAUCGACGUGGUCUACCUGAAGCGCAAGCAGCUGCCCGCGUUUGCCUUCCCAGGCGGAGUGAAGCCCCGGAGGGUGUCGCGAGUGGGGAAAGGGUCUGGGAAGAAGGAGAAGGGUGCGGGGGUAUCGCCUGCUGGCGGGGGGAAGGUGCUGGGGAAGAGAGGGGCGGAGGAGGGGAGGGAGGAGCAGAGCGAGGCGAAGAGGGCGCUCACGCCCGCUGCAGCUGCUGCUGCUGUUUCUGCUUCCGCUGCUGCGGCCGCAGCUGCUGUGGCUGCUGCCGGAGGGGGGGGUUCGCCUGUGUCGCCUGUGUUGGUGACUGUGGGUGCUGGAGGGGAUGGGGGAGCAGCAGGGGUGGGAGGCGAGGGGAAUGGGGGGGCGGAGGGGGGUGCAGCGAAGGCAGCUGUGGGGGGAGCAGAGGCGGGGCAUGCAGCAGCGGGCGUCAAUGGCAGCCUGGACGAGCUGGAGCCUGGGUUACUAGCAUCAGCUCAUCCCAGCAUGAGGCAGGAGGCACGGCCGCGACCCACUCUCAAGCUGAGCUUUGCGUCAGGCUUGGCGGGCCGAGUGGGAAGAACCUGAGGCAGCAGCAGGGGCUGGUGCUGUGCUAACAUCAGUCAUCCUAUCUACCACCACGGAUGCAGCAAGCUUGAGACUAACAGUGGUAAGGAACUGAGCCUUUCGCUUGGUUAUUAGGUUUUUCUUUUUCCUUGGGGCUAUUACUAACUUAGGUGGUGGUGUGAGUGUGCAUGACUCUGGGUGGGUGGAAGGGACUCCCUCUGUUGUGCUGCUGGUCUGGGCUGGGAGCUCUGCUGAGCUCAAGUUUCUUCACACAUUUUAACUGUAGAUAUUGCAUCAUCUUGUAUCAUGCAUUCAUAUAUAAACUUGUUCAUGUGGUCAGACACUUUGGGAUAAUAUCUAUUAGCUCCCUCGUGUUAGAGCGUGUUCUUACGAACCCCUUCC